UCGUUUCAAAAUUUCCAGGCCAAGCAUGUCUCCUUCGCCUCCCCUCGCGCUGUCGUUCCUCCUCUCCCGCCUCCGCGCCUGCACCUCCGCCUCCCACGCGCUCCAAUGCCACGCCCUCCUCCUCACCUCCGGCCACCUCGCCGCCUCCCCGCUCCGCCUCUCCAACCUCCUCCUCCUCGCCCUCGCCUCGGCCUCCGCAGUUUCCCACGCCGACGCCGUCUUCGCCCGCCUCCUCCCGGGUCCCGCCUCCCGCGACGCCUUCCCCUGGAACACCCUCAUCCGCCUCCACGCCCCCGCCAGCCCCCGCAAUGCCCUCGCCUACUUCGCUUGCAUGCGCCGUGCCGCGGUGGAACCCGACGCCUACACCUUCCCCGCCGUCCUCAAGGCGUGCGCCUGCGGGGUCCUCGGGCUACCGGUGCACGCCGAGGCCGUCAGGACGGGGAUGGAUGGUGACCUGUUCACGAGGAACGCGCUCGUCAGCUUCUACUGCAGGAUCGGGGACUGCCGGUCUGGGCGGAAGGUGUUCGAUCACGGCGCGCGGGACCUCGUUUCGUGGAACUCCAUGGUGGCGGGGUACGUUGCCUGUGGGGAGUUGGAGCUUGCGCAGGAGCUGUUCGACGGAAUGCCUCUUAGGGAUGCGUUCUCCUGGGCCACCAUGAUUGAUGCCUAUGGGAAGCGGUCUGGAGGUGUAGACCGUGCGCGGGAGUUGUUUGAUGAAACGCCCAACAGGGAUUUAGUGUGCUGGUGCUCGAUGAUCGAUGGAUAUGCUAGGCAGGGGAGGAUGGAUGAGGCGAGGGCGCUGUUCGAGGAGAUGCCUGAGAGGAAUGUGAUCUCAUGGAGCAUCGUUGUUGAUGGGUAUGUCAGGUGUGGGGAGCCUUCGGAGGCUUUGGAACUUUUUCAAAGGAUGCUGAGGUGCGGUAUCAAGCCUGAUAGGGUCGCUGCGGUUGGGGCUUUCACGGCUUGUGCGCAGCUGGGAGCUCUGGAACAAGGCAGGUGGCUACACUCUUACUUGGAGAAGAAGAAGGUUUUGUUUGAUGUUGUGGUGCAGACAGCAUUGAUAGAUAUGUACAUGAAAUGUGGCCGCUUGGAUCUUGGAAAGUUGAUCUUUGAAAGCAUGCCUGACAAGAGCGUAGUUACUUGGAAUGUGAUGAUUAUUGGGCUUGGAACUCAUAGUUGCGGACUUCAUGCUGUCAAGCUUUUCUACCAGAUGGAGGCUGAAGGAGCACCAAUUGAUGAUCUUAGUGUACUAGCUGUGUUGACUGCUUGCACACAUGCUGGGUUGAUCUCAGAGGGUUUGGGGAUAUUCCAUCGAAUGAGGAAGGAUUUUGGGAUGGAUCCUAAGGUUGAACACUAUGGUGCAUUGGUUGAUCUUCUUGGCCGUGCUGGACAUCUGGAUCAUGCUAGGCAUGCCAUAGAGACAAUGCCCAUGGAACCAACUCCGGAAUUAUGGGGAUCUCUCCUGGCCGCUUGCCGAAGCCAUAGGUGUGUUGAGCUAGCUGAGUUGUCGGUUGAACGUCUAGCGAGUCUUGGAGCAGAUGACUUUGGAGUCUAUGUUCUUCUGUCCAAUAUCUAUGCUGAUGAAGGAAUGUGGGAUGGUGUCUUUAGGAUUAGGAGAUUGAUGAGUGCUGAAGGGAUGAAGAAAGAUAUUGGACGGAGUGUUAUUGAGGUGGAUGGACAAACGCAUGAGUUUGUGAAUGGAGGCAGUUCACAUUCUUGUAAGGAUGAAGUUCACUUGAUGCUGCAGAAUUUAUCGAACAUGGUAGCAUCUAUUUGAUUGCUUUCUUGUGCACCAAAUGAGUUGAAUCCUUCGGCAUGAUGCCUGUUGCUUUAACAAUCGAGGCAUGCAGUACUGCGAUGCUGGUGGACAAGGAGCUCUGGAAAACUCUGCUGUGCCCAAACCUCUCUUUCUGAAGCUGCUUGGCAUGAUGAACAUUUGCAAACGUGAGUUUCCUUAUAAGAAAAACAGCCUUUCAGGAACAUGAAGUGUUUGCUUGGAACUCUCUGGCUUAUUUCCUAAAGGACUUUGGCGAUAGCAACAUGAUAAAAAAUCACACCUGGUAGAUGGAAGCGAGCUACAUCCGAAGUGCUAUCAGUUUACCAGUUAAACAGGCUUAACCACAAGUUUGGUCCUGAUCAAGAAGUCUUUGAAUCAUCGUAGCGUUGGUCAGAAUGAAGACAAACCAAGCUCAUAUUGAAAGCUGAAAUCAUCCAGAUAGUAUGCAAUAAAUCGAAUCUUCGAGAUAGUAUGUAGCCACUUAUUCCCAUCUACUUUCUAUAUUUUGUUAGUAACUAUUGUUGAACCAGAAAUGGAAUUUGAUCUUGAUAAUGCAGGAAGUUCCCAUCUAAGCAUAAAAACUGCAAAGACUGAACCAAGGUUCUCUUUGGGUUUAUUUCAAAUUCACUGUUUUCCACAUUAUAAAAGUGUUCUGAAUAUCUGAUGUCCUGACAGUAGACAUUUUCUUGGAUGACCAUGGCUGGCCCUGUUUUUGGUGUCAUGUAUGCUCCCGAUCUAGAAGCAUGCUCUAGUUUAGAUUAGAAUAUAAUGACGUUAGGAAUGGUUUGCACUAUGGAGAUUUGAAGGAGCAGCAGCCUGCAGGGCCAUGUUGUUCACUACUGUAGUCACUUGACCUUUUGUGCAUGACCCGUAUAUCAUACUCCCUCCGUCCCAAAAUAAGUGACGUGGAUUUGUACCAAAAAGUAGCACCGGAUUCAAUUCCCGAAAACCGGAAAUCAGUUCCUUCCUCACUCAAGAAGGGCAAGAAUCUAUACAAUUCCAUGUCACUUAUUUUGGGACGGAGGGAGUACUAUGUUGGGUCCAAGGCAGGCAUCUUGUGCCAUGCAAAAGAAAAUAGCUCGAGAUGGAUUCUCCUGCUUAGUUCCAUGUGAAUGCCUUGUUCCUUGCAUGCAGGACCACCUCACAGGGAGCAACUAUGACCACUUCUUGUUUUCUUAAGAAAAUGGUGACCAACUUCUACCGCCAAAAGGUAGCACUAGGGCCGCUGAAUGGCAGCUUUUUAUUCCUCUCACCGUAUGUCUCUCAUAAUGCCACUGGAUUGAUCUUUCUUUUUCUCUUUGUCUUUUGAGGACAUCUACGUGCUGGUGCCAAAGCUAUUUGAAGCUGCACUAAAGCAAAUGGUAAACUUGCUAUCUUCAGCUCUUCACGUACCUUGCACUAGCAGAGAACAAUCUUUUGUUGCCCAUGGGUCAAAUGGACUUGCCAAAGUAAAACAUGGUUCUGCAGGUGGUUGUUAACUUGUUACCAUGGAAAGAGAAAUGGCACGAAAUCCCAUGAAAACUGAAGAUGCCCAGGGUGGAGAGAAGAUACUGUCAACUUCAGGUCGAACAGAAGAAUAUUUACAGCAUUUAUACACAUUUCCAGUCUGCAGCUCUAAGGCUGUUCAAGCAGAAGACUUCAUGGUUCAUGCAGAGCCAUGGCAUGUAGAAUGAGGGGGCAAUUAUUUGUGCCAAUCAAAUACAGUGCGCGAAAUCUGAGCGGGAAACUUAUUCAGUGAAAGAGCACGCUUACCUAGGCGUCAAUAGUAAACUUAUAUUGAGUGAAAGAACAUGCUUCAAGGAACUUGCUGUGCAGCCUGUGCUUGGGAUGGUCAUGGUGAUGAAAGACAAGGAGAAGCACAGGCACAGCCAUACAGGUACGGCGUGUCAUCUCUGAGCAAUGAGCAUGUAAGGGGUAUGUUUCCAGAGGGUGGGCACUGGGAAAGUAGCUUUGGACUCUGCAUUUCGGGUGAGAAAGUGGUGUGGCGGAGGUGCCUGGAUUCUGCAUUUCUCUUUCCCUAGUUCUUGCUCUGUUCAUGAAUGCCACUCCUCCUCCAACCCGACGGCGUGGGCUGCAUCUGGAUUUUGGGAUAACAUCCAGAGCCGUACCGUGCGCAGUCUGGCGAUUUCCUGCAGAGAGCAAAUUCUCGGAAGCUCUGGGCCUGCGCCCUGCGGUGCGUUGGUCACAUUGUUUAUGUGUAUGUUCGUCUUCUCAUCUCUUUCCCUUGAAGAUGUAGUACUAGUUGGCCUUGGAUACGGCCAUCUGGAUUGUGUUCGGCGCUUGUUGCUUUCAGUCUCCGAGCAGUUAACCAGUUGCCAACUUGCCAGUACCACCGGGAGAUGCUGGUAGUCACGAGACUCCAAUCGGCUCAAGAUUUGGUCCAAUCUGAUCGAUAAUCAAAGGGGCACUGCAUGCUGCUGGUUCUCCAAGUCAGGACAUGCUGUUGGCCGAAAAGCAUUCAGCGUGUAAAAAUCAUUGCCCUGCCAGGAUCUACCGAAUAUAUUUCACUAGUCAGCACAUUGUCGUGCUGAGGGGGACUUGUGUUUGAGCCCCACGGAUCCCAAGGAUGUACUGGUACACCGAGCUAAGGACAUCAGCUAAAGACAUAUGCAAGAAUACACUCGACUAGAAACA